AUGUCAGAUACCGCAGGGCUGGUCAAGGUCAACCCAUACAAUCACCGUCCCAACAUCGUGCCACCAUACGUGCUAGACACCCUUUCUCAGGCCCACUACAAAGACCAGUUGGUCAACACCAAUAACAACGUCCAAGGUUCCGGAAACCCUCUGCUCAAGACGUCGCAGCUGAAGAUCAACGAUGAGGAACAGUUUCUCAGCUUCGCCAACGACCCCUACGUCAGCUCGGUCAACAACAACUGGAGCUCGUUCCUCAAAUCUGUCCAGCAGCCCACCGCCUACACAGACGACAGAGUCAAGGUGGAGCAGGAUUUUGACCCCGAUAGAAAGCUCAAUGGCACCUGGGAAGGCGAUGACCGGCUCAGAUUGGCAUUGUUGGGUACCUCGUCCAUGGACGAGGACACCUACGUGGGUGACGAGAGCAGAGGAUUGUUUUCAUGGAUGUGGUGGAAGAAAAAACCCAAGAAGCUCAAGGACGAUGCCCCGCGAGUACGUUCAAAAGCUGGCUAUUGGAUGUCCGACGAGAAGAGAGCAGAUGUGUUUCCCACCUUGAAGAGGAUCUUCGUGCAGAACCCCUUGGUUCCGUUGUUCAUGAGAAUAAUGAUUUUGGUGUUCUCAGUGGCUGCCCUUGCCUUGGCAGUCUCCAUCUUUGUGUUUUCGAGAAGGCAGUACGACGACUCUACCGUGCAGCAACAACCAAGUACAAUUAUGGCUGUGGUGGUUCAGUGUUGUGCAAUUGCAUAUAUCAUCUAUAUUGCAUAUGAUGAAUAUAGUGGUAAGCCACUUGGUCUUCGUGACCCCUUGGGAAAGAUGAAGCUUAUAAUGUUGGACUUGCUUUUUAUCAUCUUUUCAUCGGCCAAUCUCUCGCUCACCUUCAACACCCUCUAUGACCACGAAUGGGUGUGCCGGAAAGACGACGAGUUGAUAAGCGUGGGGAUUUUCUCGCCAACCGUGAGCUCUAUUUGUCGGCGUCAAAGAGCUUUGGCUUCGUUCUUGUUCUUGGUGCUUUGCAUGUGGGUUUUGACAUUCACUAUCAGUAUAAUAAGAGUUGUGGACAGGGUGAAUGUGGUAGAUCCCAGGAACAAGUGA